UUAUGGCUUAGCCUGGUCCUCUCAUCCAUCCGCGCAGUGGGUUUCCAUUACUAACCUCGCCAAUGAUCAAAUGAAACGUGAAAUGGGCUAUUCUGAAGCCCCGAGGUCCAGAUGGAUCGAUAUGUAAGCCAAGGGCAGAGCUAGGGCUCUGUGAAUCGAAGCACACUGGCCUACUUCGUUGCUGGAGACCUUCUGUCUAGAAGCAAUUCCUACUAUGGCUGGCUGGAUUUCAGCCAGCCCAGCUUGGGCCGGCGCGGCUGCUUUAAGAGAGGGGCGGGGCCCGGCGCAGGCGAGGCAGGGCCUGCCCACAAGGCUGCUUUUCCUUUUUGAUCCAUUCAAAAAUUACUCAUUGCAAAUUCCCGGACAGCUCGGGGAGGAGAAGCUGGGGGGGCGGAGGACAGAGAAGGCUGCAGCGGCGCAACGCUGGGACUCCCGGACCCCGCGGGCUGAGGUCGGACCUGCAGCAGCCACCGGCCCGCGCCGAGCUCCAGUGGCCUCUCCAGGAAGCGUCAGUCUCCGCCCGGAGAUCUGGGAGCGCCGCCCCCGCCGUCCUCUCGGGACCCCCGGCUCAGGCGCGCGGGCGAUGGGCGGCCGCUGAGCGGGCACUCGGCAUCGCGACCCCAGCCCUCGGCAUGGCUGCGCGCGAGGAGCUGUACAGCAAAGUCACUCCGCGCCGGGAUCGCCUGCAGCGCCCGGGCACCGUCAAGCAUGGGUCGGCGCUGGACGUGCUCCUGUCCAUGGGCUUCCCCCGCGCCCGCGCACAAAAAGCUCUGGCAUCCACGGGAGGAAGAAGCGUUCAGGCAGCAUGUGACUGGUUGUUCUCCCAUGUCGGUGACCCUUUUCUGGAUGACCCCCUGCCUCGGGAGUAUGUCCUCUACCUCCGCCCAACGGGGCCAUUAGCCCAGAAGCUCUCUGACUUCUGGCAGCAGUCCAAGCAGAUCUGCGGGAAGAACAAAGCUCACAACAUCUUCCCCCACAUCACCCUCUGCCAGUUCUUCAUGUGCGAGGACAGCAAGGUGGAUGCUUUGGGGGAAGCCCUGCAGACUACUGUCAGUCGGUGGAAGUGUAAGUUCUCGGCCCCGCUGCCCCUGGAGCUGUACACCUCCUCCAAUUUCAUCGGGCUCUUCGUGAAGGAAGACAGCGCAGAGGUCCUCAAGAAGUUCGCAGCUGACUUUGCUGCAGAGGCUGCGUCCAAAACAGAAGUGCACGUGGAACCUCAUAAGAAGCAGCUGCACGUGACGCUGGCCUACCACUUCCAAGCCAGCCACCUACCCACCCUAGAGAAGCUUGCCCAGAACAUCGAUGUCAAGCUAGGGUGCGACUGGGUGGCCACCAUAUUCUCUCGGGAUAUCCGAUUUGCUAACCAUGAGACGUUACAGGUGAUCUAUCCCUAUUCACCUCAGAAUGAUGACGAGCUGGAGUUGGUCCCAGGGGACUUCAUCUUCAUGUCUCCUAUGGAACAGACCAGCACCAGUGAGGGCUGGAUUUAUGGCACCUCUCUGACCACUGGCUGCUCUGGGCUGCUUCCCGAGAACUACAUUACCAAGGCUGAUGAGUGUAGCACCUGGAUCUUCCAUGGUUCCUACUCCAUCUUAAAUACGGUAUCAUCCAGCUCACUCACGUUUGGUGAUGGGGCAUUAGAGAGGCGGCAGUAUGAGGAUCAAGGACUUGGGGAGACAACACCCCUCACUAUCAUCUGCCAGCCCAUGCAGCCCCUGAGAGUCAACAGUCAGCCUGGACCCCAAAAGCGAUGCCUCUUUGUGUGUCGGCAUGGGGAGAGGAUGGACGUUGUGUUUGGGAAGUAUUGGCUAUCCCAGUGCUUUGAUGCCAAAGGCCGCUACAUACGCACCAACUUGAACAUGCCUCAUAGUUUACCUCAGCGGAGCGGCGGUUUCCGGGAUUACGAGAAAGAUGCUCCAAUCACCGUGUUUGGGUGUAUGCAAGCAAGAUUAGUGGGUGAAGCCUUGUUAGAAAGUAACACCGUUAUUGAUCAUGUGUAUUGUUCACCAUCCCUACGCUGCGUUCAGACUGCACAUAAUAUAUUGAAAGGUUUACAACAAGACAAUCACUUGAAGAUUCGGGUCGAGCCGGGCUUAUUUGAAUGGACAAAGUGGGUUGCUGGGAGCACAUUACCAGCAUGGAUACCUCCAUCAGAGUUAGCUGCAGCCAACCUGAGUGUUGAUACAACCUACAGACCUCACAUUCCAGUCAGCAAAUUGGUGAUUUCAGAAUCCUAUGACACCUACAUCAAUAGGAGUUUCCAGGUGACAAAAGAGAUAAUAAGUGAAUGCAAAAGUAAAGGAAAUAACAUUCUGAUUGUGGCCCAUGCAUCUUCCCUUGAAGCAUGUACCUGCCAGCUCCAAGGCCUAUCCCCGCAGAACUCCAAGGACUUCGUACAAAUGGUCCGGAAGAUCCCAUACCUAGGCUUCUGUUCCUGCGAGGAAUUGGGAGAAACUGGAAUAUGGCAACUGACAGACCCACCCAUCCUUCCCCUUACCCAUGGACCCACUGGGGGCUUCAACUGGAGAGAGACCCUCCUGCAAGAAUAAGCUGCCUGAGAGAUGGGAAGAACUGGCCUUUUGCAGUAGCAGUGGGAAAAGCCCACACUGCAUUCAAAGCAGACAGCUCAGAAUCAUUUAGCAUAUUUCUUUUCGUGCUUAGGGGACGGUGAGAUUGUGUCAAUGAGAGAAAGUCGUGAUUCAGAGGGAGAAUAAAGAGAAUCCAUCUCUCUGGACGUGCCUAGCUAACAAGGCUUUGGAGAACUGUCUUCCUAAGCUGAAGCACCUGCUGCAGCAGAAACUACCAUCCUCCUUCAGGCUGUGCAUGGCUAAAGAGCCUCCUCCUCCUCUCAGAGAGCCGUUCCCAUCCUCCAGAGGUGUGUAAGAGGAAGGACUGUGUCUGGAAUCCAGCUGGGGAGAGGCGAGUCUUCUGUGCUCCGUUUGCUUGCGAGUUAGGCAAAGCCACACUGUGAGGAGCGCUUCGAUGGUUGUGAGGAACCAUAAGAGAAGCCCUGUGUCAGACAGCAGAUUCUACUCCCAGCAGACUCCAUUCAUUAGCGUGCAAGGCACCUGCUUGAGGUCUCCCAACAUUCACCCUGGUACCAGAGCACCCCUUGAUCUCCAGAGCAGCCUGGCCCUUCAUGCUUCUAUCUGUGAAAUGGGGGAGAACAGCCCUUUUGCUCACCCAAGUGCGUUGAGAUACUCAGGAGGGGAUCAAGAGAACAAGUGAGGUGUUGAAUGGGAGGUGCAGCGACUUGAAGAAUGUUAAUCAAGUUGAAGUUCCCCCUGUGAUGGCCGGAUGAACUGUGAAGUCCCCAAGCCUGCCUGAACCAGGACAUGUCUUUCCACCCAGGCUCUAGACUGCGUUAAGCAGUUAAGGAGAUUGACAUUUGGAAGGAUGUAUGUUCGAUUCACUAUUUGGAUCAGAAAAAACAAAACAACAACAAAAAAAACAAACAACAGCAACAACAAAAAAUUCCAGUGCAAUAUAGAUAUUUUUAGGAACUAUACCGAGGGUCAGGUUGUUGGUCACAUACAGGCCACGUCCACUGUAGCAGAACGUCCAUAGGUUAGCCAGUUUUAGGUUGUCUAGGAAGCCCAGGGACUAAUGUGAAUGGUGACAGUCACAACUGCACUGCUUCUUUUGCUGCCCUCUUUGCUUUUCUAUGGUAAUUUAAAACAGAUGGGAGGGAGGACCACUUGAAGGAAGCUGGAGAGUCAGAGCCCAUCUGUGGGCUCUCACCACACCUACUUCCUGUAUUUAGAGAGAGUAUGUGUAUUUAAAAGAAGAAUAAACGACAAUCAAACUAAAAUAUCCCUUAUCAAUGUCUAUUUAAUUGUGUAUUCGGAUAGCCAUUAGGGCCACAGACCAUUAGGGCCCAGUUCAUUGUGUAGCAUGUGUGUGCAAACUGAAACCCAGGCCACUGAGAAGGAACACUGAUGUAAAACAAAUGUGUCAUCGAAACAUUACAUUGUAACAACCAGACGUACACCUGUGGCUGUAUGUGCAUGUAUGUCUUAGUCUUAGGUAUUCAGGUAAAUGUAUCACUUUGAUUGGGCUGUAUUCCAUUGUCCUUAAUCCAAUGUAGACCGUGCCCUGGGCAAUUGUCUACAGAGCCAGAAAGGGCAGAAUCUGAAGUAACAUUCUGAAGAACUUAAGUGGAAAACAGAAAAGUUUGAUUCUCCAAAUUGCUUAUCAAAAUGGCUGGGUAAUCUGAACUCAGUUAACAUCUUAUUGCACACUGGUCUAUUAAAAAGAAUUAAAGAUUGGGUCCAGCUGAGCAGUCUUGGGAAUCACACUGAAUCUGUACGUAGAAAUAUCUGGAUCAUCAGAUUUCAUAUGCAUACAAAAAGUCUCUGCUGCCAGUAGACCCUGAGUUGAGGCUAGCUCUUUUCAAUCUGCAGCUCAUGCUAACUCAGAUGAUUCCUGGAAGAAGGAAUGACUCAGGGACAGGAAUAAUAUUUUUUUUACAACCUGCUUCCCCUGACCCCCAUUUUUUUUCUUUUUUCGGUAAGCAUUGGCAAAUCAUCUAGAAUAUUUCAAGGGAGAUGAAAUUAGUGGAAGGGUUUCAUGUGGGAUUACAAGUCCAAACAGUGUCCUGCUUCACCAAGUGUAUACAUGCUCUAGUAUUAUUCCCAGGUAAGACUUUGUCCCUGUGAUUUCUGUGUGUCUGACUGGAAUAAUUGGUGCAUGUUAAUACACACACUGAAGCUGUCCUUUUCCCAGGCUCUUCUCGCUGCUGCUUGGCCUUGAGGGGCCCUUUGCUUCACCCUGGGGCGCCAGUAACAUUCAGAUAAUAGUGUCUUUCCCUUUGCAUUCAGAUUCAUGCAGCCUGAAUGGCUCAUUAAGUGGCCCUCUGAUGGCUGAAAGAGAGGGUUAUUUUUUUUUUUUUACCCUGUAAUGAAAGGCUUGGGAGACUUUCUGCUUUUCGUUUUAAUUAUACUUUAACCAAAGAGUUGUUUUUAAAGUAACCUUAUAUUUGAAAGAUGAUUUUGCAAAUAAAUAAAUAAAAAUAAAAAUAAGAAGUAUGCCUUCUGGAGCCCUGUGGGUUUGGUAAGUCGCUGAUGAUCAUUUUCUUGCCAGUUCUGUCUGGAAUCCAUAUAGAUGGUAUCCUGCUGUGUGUAGCACUGCCCUGGAUGUAUCCUUUCCACUCUGCAAUGUGUAUUCCUGUGAAAAUGAACUCUUACUUCAAUUAUCUGAUGUCAUGGGGAACUCACUGGCAACAGGAAGAGAAGUUGCUAUCUCAUUGCCUUUGUAGAAAACUUGGUUUCUGUGCUCCAAGAACAGAAUUCCUCUGUAACCUAGGCACUGGGUUUAAUUUCAAAGCGGUGAAGAAUUGCUCUUUUGAAUCUACUCUCAGUAUAUUCAUGUGUUAGAAUGCAGAUGAGCCUCCCACCGAGCUUCACAGGCAUCUGCACAGUCAACUGUACCAAAUCUGCACAAAGUUGGAUAAUGAGACUCCUGGAGAUUUGCAUUUAAAUUGUCUAACCCGGCACAUGCACGUGAGGAGAGGAAAAAAGGGAGUCUAGUCGGAUGAGCCUGUGCCCUGUUGUCAAAGGGAUGGGACUGGUAAGGAGGGCAGGGGACAGCCUGACUUAACAUCUAUUUAGGGGGUGUCCAUGUUACAAAGGUGAUGGGGGUGGAGCUGUGAGGUGCUCUUCAUCAUUACACACGACUAGAAUUGGAUUGGCUUUUGUAACUCUUCACUAUUGAUUGCUGGGAGACUGACUGUAGGCAUUGCCGCUCAAUGCAAAAGAAAUAGCUGGGCUGUUACAUGCAUCUAGUUAUUAGGUUUGCUCUGUGUAGGUUGAAGACGUAGAGUCAUUAGUAGUCAGACAAUAUACAGUCAGUCCUCACAAAUAUUUGCCUGCUACUCCCUAGCCACCAUUCCUUGCACAGAAAUCUUGCAGCUGUUCAACUAUUCCUGGAACUCUGUAUGUGAUACAUGUGUUAAAUGGAAACAAUGUAUACUGGUUCUUUGGUUGCUACCAAGAUGGAAAUGACAUCCCAGAGCCUUUGACUUAGGAGUACACCACACUGAACCGGCUGUGUUAGGAAGGCAUGGCAGUCUCUUUCUCAUGCGUGAGACUUUUGUGUCUCUUUUUUUUUUUCUAUAUGAUUUGGAUGUAUUUAUUUGGGGAAAAAGUUUGUAAUUAUAAGAGUAGAAAACCACACCUAGCUAUACUGCCAACUUCCUUGUAUGCUCCUCAUGGCAUUCGUGCUUCCACAGCUGAGAAGCUGAUCUCCCCGAUAGAGCUAUGGCAGCUUUGUGAUUAGUUCCUUGCGUCCCAGGACCAUAUGCACUGACAUGGUUCACAGAUGACUUAAUAAAAAGAAACUGUGUCCUCAGUUGACCCAG